GGGAAAGAAUCUCGACCUUGGACAAGCGGAAUACCGAAACGGGUUAAAAGGCCGAACCGGACGCCGCGAACGCGCGGAACGUGCAUCCGGUUGCGAUUUCCCUCCCUCCCCCCGCGCCGAGUGACAGGAGUGUCGCGCCGCGUCUGUCAAAAUCGGCGAGCGGUUCUCGCGUCGCGGAGGAUAGGAUGUGAAAGAGGACCACCCGGGGCGAAUCCUGUCGCGCGAGGCGUCACGCCGAAAGUGACGAGGUAACGAGACGAAACGUGACGUGACGUGACGUGACGUGACGUUACGCGUGACUCUCGCGUGAAGGGGGGCAGAAGAAGAAGAGGUGCAUGUACACGAUCGACGAUUACCGAAGGAUGCGUCGACCGAUCGGCGUCCAUUUGCUCCGAUAACGACGACGACGACGAGGUGGUGAAGGAGGAGGAGGACGAAGAGAGAGUGACAGCAACUUCGCGAGGAGCACCGUCAUCGUCUGUCAUCGUCGUCGUGCAAUCUGUCAUCGACCUAACGAUGGCCACCGUCGACGGGGUCGUGCUCGAGGAGCUGAGGACCGAGAUCGAGCGGCUGUCGCGCGAGCUCGACUUGGCCUCCACCGAGAAGAUACAGUCCGCGCAGUACGGACUCGCGCUGCUCGAGGAGAAGUCGGGCCUGCAGCAGCGGUGCAACGACCUCGAGGCCCUCUACGAAAACACGAAGCACGAGCUGGAGAUCACGCAAGAGGCUCUCGCAAAGUUCCAGACAACCACAAAAAUAACUGCAAAAAGUGGCAUUGAGCAAGAAGAGAGUCUUCUCAGUGAGAGUGCUGCUCGAGAAACAUCUCUGCAGUUUCAGAUUAUUGAAUUGGAGAGUGAAACGAAACAGUUACGUCAUGAGUUGGAGCGAGUGGAAGCGGAACGUGAUCACGCGCUGCAGGAACGCGAGGAGGUCGGCAAGGAUCACCAGCAGGCGGAGACGGAACGUAAAUCGUUGCGGACGGAAUUACGGGAGUGCAGGUUCCGCGAGACCCGGCUGCUUCAGGACUAUUCCGAGCUGGAGGACGAGAAUAUCUCCCUGCAGAAGCAAGUGUCGGGUUUGCGAUCCAGUCAGGUAGAAUUCGAGGGUGCCAAACACGAGAUUCGAAGACUCACGGAGGAAGUCGAACUGUUGAACAGCCAAGUGGAGGAGUUGACGAACCUGAAGAAGAUAGCGGAGAAGCAGAUGGAGGAAGCGUUGGAGUCUUUGCAGGCGGAACGCGAAGCCAAGUACGCCCUAAAGAAGGAGCUGGAUCAGAGAAUCAACAGCGAAUCUAUCUACAAUCUCAGCAACCUCGCGCUUUCCAUCCGGGGCAUCACGGAGGAUCAAACGAUAUGCAGCGAUGGCGAAGAUGAUUCACCCGCGUUACGUAGAAUCGAGGCGGAUCUCAAGACGCAGGAACCAGGCACGUCUGCGACCGACAAGCAGGUCGACCUGUUUUCCGAGAUUCACUUGAACGAGCUGAAGAAAUUGGAAAAGCAGCUGGAACUCGCGGAGACCGAGAAGGCCCAUUUGACGCAGAACCUACGCGAGUCUCAGUAUGCUGUUGAGAAGAGCCAGGCGGAAUUGCAAUCGUUCGUUGCACGAAUAGUGCAGCUGGCAGCGCAUGUGCAAUCGUUGCAUCAUCUUCACUCGAAAUUACCUGAAAAGCAGAGCGAAGAAGCUACGCUGGAUAAACUCAAUCAGGCUGUUGUGCAGUAUCAUCAAUGGAGCACCAUGUCUGCUCGCGAAGUUAAUCAGUUGCAGAAGGAUCUGGCAGAAUUGGAGAACGGUCUAACAGUAUCUGACUCUACACAACAGCUGAGAACAGAGUUGACAAAUCUGCGAAACAAGAUGCCCGAGUCAGAGAAGAGCCUUCGAGAAAAGCUGUUGGAUACGGAACAAAGGAGCAUGCAGCUCGAAUCGGACGUGUCCACCUUGUCGAAGCUCACCGCGGAAGCUGGUGGUUUUCUCGAUUCCGCGCAGAACGACUUGCAGAACCUCUCCGACGAGCUGGCGCAACUCUACCAUCACGUGUGCACCGUCAACGGCGAGACCCCCUCCAGGGUGGUGCUGGAUCACGAAAAGUCGGAGAUCGUGCCCGAGAAAGAAGAGGAGAACGGUAAGAUGGAUUGGUGUCGGACUCUAUUCAAAACCGACAUCAAGAUUAAGGAUCUAGAAAGCCUCAGCAAGGCGAAGGAGAUUGCGAAACACAUAGAGACCGCGAUGGACCAAAUAAAGUAUCUCAGAAGCGCCGUAGAACACACGAUCGAACUGUCCAAGGUCAAGGGAAUGCAGUCAAACAUCUGCAACGUUUGCGAGACUUCUGUCAACGAGAACAAGGCGGAAGUGACGGAUCUUCAAGAGCAAGUCAUUCGAUUGAAGGCCUUGUUGUCCGCUAAACGAGAGCAGAUUGCCACGUUAAGAACAGUCCUUAAAUCAAACAAAAACACGGCAGAGGUAGCGUUAACAAAUCUAAAGAGUAAAUACGAAAACGAAAAGAGUAUCGUCAACGAGACAAUGCUCAAGCUAAGGAAUGAGCUUAGAAUGUUGAAGGAAAACGCCGCGACAUUUUCGAGUCUGCGUGCAAUGUUCGCUGCACGCUGCGAGGAAUACGUGACGCAAGUGGACGAGCUUCAGCGGCAGCUCGCCGUGGCGGAGGACGAUCGGAAGACGCUGAACCAGUUGUUACGGCUAGCGGUGCAGCAGAAGCUCGGCCUCACCAUGAAGCUGGAGGAGCUCGAGGUCGAUCGAGAGCUGCGAAACACCAGGAGACACACCCCCGGCGCAAACGGACGCGGCAGACCGCGAUUGUCACAACAGACGAACCGUCCCCACUUAGGCAGAGACUUCUUCUAGAAAAUGAUGAAGAUGUGGAGUAAGAUAUUCUGAGAGAAGCGACAACUUUGAGAACCUUUUCGAAUUUUUCUACCGCUUGUUAUGGUUGAUUGGGAGCCGAAGGACUCUGUGUGUAGUGAGUAUUGACUUCUCCUUCGUUAGAGAGAGAAAGAGACAUCCCGCAGUCACAUUGAUAAUCGUCGUGGCGAAUUCCGUGAAACGUAUUUUUACAAAGAGAUGGACGAGACACGUACUAAGUGUUUGAGGGAAAAAAAGGAAAAGAAAUGACGACGCCGUCCUCGCUAAAUAGAGAUUCGUGCUCGAUGAACGGUGAAGUAAAUUGGCUGCGCUCUUGAAGGUUUCGAAAAUGUUCAGUUUCAUACCCCACGAAUUUUGCUCCAUAUCAUAGAGUCUCUUCGGGGAGUCUCUGCCUUGUGUUACCACUAUUGUUAAUAGAGGAAUUUAAGGAGUGUAUAGGAUACACAGACACUCGAGAUUUGCGGAGUCGCCGCUUGCGAAUUUAAUGCGAAGUCUACGUUCUUAGGCGACGAUUAGCUGCGUUAAACUUGUCAAGUGCAUUAGAUUAACGCGAACGAUCGACUCUCUCGAUCGUUUUUUUAUUAUUGUACAGAGGAAAUCGUUUUAAACUUUGAUUUUUAUCUGUGCUCCAUCAUUGCUUCAGCACGCUUAUUUAUUACGUACUUUAACAUAUUCAUUAUCGCCUCAACGGUUCGAAGGAUAUUAUUAUUCUGUUGAUGGUUGGUAUGUAGCAUAAUGAUAAUCGUCUCCGGAACGUUUUUCGUCAAGGACAAAAGAAAAACUCUUACACGUACGCGUUAUAGGAGAGGGCGAAAGAAACGUAUACCGUUUUUUGUAGGUAGUUAACGCGGAGAAACGGCAAAUUUUACAUUGCAUACCACAUAGAGACAAUAUUAAUAUGUCGCGAGUGACCGGUAGAGUUUAUAAUCAAAGUAGCGAAAUGGAAUGUCGUCGUAGCAAGUAGAUGUGAAAUUUUUAUACGGUAGCCCAACAAAAAAAACAAUAGGGGAACCUAUCUUCCAAAUAGUAGGACACCUCAGGUCACAUCUCCGCCAGAGAAACGAAACUCGGAUGCAUCAAAAUAGAUUCACCUACCUACGCCCUCUUAAUUGAUCCGAUCAAUUUUUAAAUGCACGAAUAAAUCAUUUUUUAAUCGAUCGAGUUAGAAAUAUUUCGAUACUUUGGAAAUGGAACGAUCGAUGCUUUUUGGGACGAAAAUUAAGGAAUUAUGGAUUUAUAAGAGAAAUGAAGAAAUGUCAUAUGUUUCUCUAUAUUAUAAAAAUUAUUAUUAUUACAAAAUAGACUCGUGAGUCUAGACAGCUUAUUUUCUUUUAUCUCCGAGACGCGGAGAAUCGAUUGUUCCAGUAUUCCUGUAAAGAUAUAGAUUACAGAUACUUAUCUUUUAUUACUGAAAGAUCGGUAUACGUUUUUACAAUCUCGUUGUUAGCAACAAAUGUGCAACGUAUGAUACCUCGUUCUUUCGUUAACAAUUUUUAUUGUAGUAAACGCGGCCUAAACAGGCUUUAAAUCAUUUAAUCGUCAUUGACUUCUUGGCAGCUUGUUGAAUUUACACUUUUAUCGUGUUUUUUACUUGGUGUUAACUAUUACACCUAAUUAUUGUAUUCGAAGCAGCUAUUCGAUGCGAGUGUGUUAUCAUUUGUUACGUUUAUUUACAUUUUUAUGUGUACGUUUUUGCAUAUUAAAUGAACGCAAAGCGCUUUUGCAGGCACUUUUAAUAAUUUGUUGACGCAUAAUAAUCGCUGAUCUCGUUCGAUGGGGAUCACGAAAAGGUUUUUUAUUUAAAGAAAGGAUGCACGCAUAUAGCUCCGACUGCUAGUUUUUUUUAUCGAUUUUUGCUGUCUUGUCACUUUUGUAGGAGUGUAAUUAUCGUGAUAAGUGUGUGCUCUCGUGUGCACAGAAUGCUCUUUUACUUUGACAUUUUCCAUAGAUGUACAUGCAAACGUUCACUCUUAGCGAUACAUAUAUAUUUAUAAUUUGUAGUCCGCCGUUGCGCAAAGCAAUUAUUCCAAUUAAAACACUCGAUAAUACAACUAUCCGAUUAUGAAACUUCUGAACAAAUCGAUCGUAUUUUACAAAUAUUAACUAUUUUAUAUAUAUUUUUUUACAUAUAUAUUUAAUAGUUUAUUAAAACUAUAAUUGUUAAGAUAUGCACAUAAUUAAAUGUAAUGGAGCAUUCUGUGCAAAUAAAUUUGCACAUAUAUAUUUAUAAUGCGAAUACUAUUAUAUUGGCUUCAAUCAAAUCUGUUAUCACGGCUAUUGUUAUUUUAUUAUCUUUAUUAUCAUUCUUUUAUUAUUAUUGCAAUUGUACAUUUAUUAAUUAUUGUCGUAAUCAUUGCCUGUCUGUUUCGCGAUAAGACGAAUACCUAAAGAGAAUUUAUCGAGCGUUUAUAAAUUAAUUAAUUAUCGCUAUUAUAUUAUAUCUAUAUCGUCGUCUUUGUAUUGCGCGUCACCUGUGUCUAAGACGCGUAAAUAAGAAUCCUAUAUUUCUUUUUUUAUAUAAUUCAACGUCGACGAUUUUAUACAAUUCAAUCGAUGUUGAUGCCCGAAAUAAAACAUUUUUCGCAGAUUUAUUUUAUUUUUUUUUGCGAUUUGUUUCCUAUUGUUUCGAAUUUCUCAAAUAUUUUUCUGAAAUGAUAAUACGCGAAUCAGCAAUAAUUAUUAGUUUACUUUAUUAAUAGUCGAUUGCACUGAUAGAUUUUUAAUUGUAACAAGUCAACUGACUUUGUUGAACGGUCUUUAUCUGCUAGAGAGAUCUUAGAGUUAAUUAUAUAAUAUACAUAGAUAAGAAAAUAAACAUUUGUUUAAUGCUUAAACAUUUUAAUGUCAGAUUGGUGCAAUUGAUCCUAAAUAAUUAUAUAAUUCUGUAAUUAUUCUUAAAUAUUGUCUGUAACUCUCGAGAGAGAGAAUUUUGCAAGAUUCUCCCUCAUACACACACUUAGGCGCUAGACACAGGUCAGGCUAAUUUAUAUCCAUAAACCGAGCCAGUCUCAGACCACCGUCCCUUCCCUUUUCGUCACGCAUCCACCGUCGAGAAGGAGCCGGACAAAAAAAAGAAAGAUUCUUCCUUUUCUCGAGAAACAAUCCUCACUAUUUUUCACGAGAAAUUUCGUCCUCGACUCAACUUAACCGUCCGCGCUGCAUCACGCGACUAGAGACGUUAGUGUCAGAAAGAAAGAUAUUAGAAAACAUAAUAAAUCUGUAUUGUAAUGUUACGCAAAAUAAGAUAUAAUUGUAAGGAAUUCGGAGACCGCGCGCAUAAUUAUUGAUAACUAUGUGAUAUCAGGAAUUAAAUGGCGCUGUAAUGAAUUUUUACAAAACAGAUCCGUUUUGCAUCGAUAAGAAGAUCUGUGCGAUUUCUUGUUAGCUAUGUGUAUGUGUUAGAUAUUUUGCUUGUUAAUUAGAGUUCUGAGAGAGAUAGCACGGUCUCCGAAGACUCGUUAAAAAUUAGCAAAUGUGGAUCGAGCGUCCAGUCGCGGUAGCGCAUACCUUUUGCCAAAAGUAAUUCUGUCCUUUCGAAGGAACCUAAUAUGGUCCUUCUAUACAUAUUUAGCGUCCUUCAUGAAGUUCCUCUAUGUCGUAAAGGGUUGCGUAUCAGCACCGCGAAUUUAUACUUGCAUUAUCUCCUAAAUUCUUCAGAAGAAGAAAAGAUCUAUCUUCUCUUGAAUUUUUUACUCUUUAUAUAAUUAAUCGGUGAUUUAUUAUUUAUGUAAGUAAUUGUAUGGAUAAAUCUGGAUCUUCUUUCGUAAAAUCUCUUUGUACGAUAAACUAUAUUUUUUGGGAAGGAUCAAAGAAAAUACGCAACCUGUGUACCGAAUUAUUUAUCAAGAUCGUGUUUAAGAUUAUAAGCUAGAAAGAAAGAGAGAAACACACGGAACGUGAAUUUGAGACAAACCAAAUUAAGGAAUAAAUCGGGAAGAGGAUACAUAUUGUGAACAAUAAUAUGAAAAUUUGUCCGCUGAGAAUUGGGAUGGCGGACAGAUUUAUGCUCAAGGCUUCCAAAAUAAAAAUUCUCAUUGCGUCCCGUCCGGCGAUGCUCUCGACGGUGGUGCGUUUAGAUCACGAUACGUGAGACUAGGAGUAAUAAAAAAAUAGACAGAGAGAUAGAGAGAAAAAAUGUAAAACUCGCGAAUAACGAGUGCGACUAGUUGUAACGCGGCGUAGACUAAUUGUAAGAGAUUAAUCGACUGCAUAAUGUGCGCUGAAACUAUAUUUCUCUAAUUCUAGAGGGAAGACUCGAAGAGCGAGAGAAAGAGAGAGAGAUCUCUCGAUGUCUAAUGACACGUGCAUGAGACGUCUCGAUGACGUUGGAUGUAUCGCACUUUAACCGGGUCCAUGUUGCACUUAUGCGAAAUAUUUUUACACUGCGUCAUCGACAGAAAUAUGUAUCUCUUAGUAAAAUUAUUGAUGAACGGA